AUGCUUCGUGAUAUGCUCUCGAAUACAACCAAUGAUGUUGACAACAGUACUUCUAUCAUCGCUGAUGCUUCGGCAUCUAUGUUAAUACCAACGCGCGUAGUCUUUUAUAUUUUUUUAUUAUUAGACAUUCCAUCAGUCAUAUGUAGUCUUUUACUUCUGUAUUAUUUUAUUCGUUUACCUGAAGUACACCAUCAUAAUGAAUCGAAUCAAAUUAUCAUCUAUCUUCUAAUUGGCUCAUUUUUAGUAACAUCACUUGAUAUUCCAUUGAUGUUACCUUAUCUCCACAAUUAUAGUUACAUACCUUCAAUGGCACAUCCAAAAUUUUUUUGUAUCUUUUGGAUAAUGUAUGAUUAUGGUAUGUAUUCAAUAAAUUUAUGGUUGAUGACACUUGCUUGUUUGGAACGGUAUCUACGAAUAUUUUUCAAACAAUUAAUUACACACAAUGCAAAGCGACAUUUUUUUCUGUAUUACGUAUCAGGUGUAACCAUUGUUCUAUUUGUCUUCUUCUGGUAUUUAUAUUUAAUUGCAUUGUAUCCAUGUGAACAAACUCAAUUUGAUUUUACUCAAAUUCUUUGUGGUUUUCCAUGUUACAAAACUGUUGGUAGUGUAACAAUUCAAAAUACUGAUUGGGCUAUUGCUGAUUUAUUACCAUUAUUUUUAUCGAUACUUUUUAUUUUCAUAUUAUUUUCACAUGUUUUUUAUCAGAGACAUAGAGUCAGCAAACAUUUAACGCAACAAAAUAUAUGGAAACGUACACGUAAAAUGUUUUUACAACUUUUACCAAUUACAAUUAUAUUUUUAGUAUUUAAUAUGCCUCUGAUUAUUGUUGGACUUCUUGCUAUUUCAAAUCCAUGGUAUAAUACAACACCAUACUUCUAUGUUAAUUCUUUAUCCUAUUGUUUAUCAUUAUGUAUGCCAUUUGCUAUUCUUUCUAGACAAUCAGUCAUACAGAAACGACUUGCUACUUUAUUGAGAUUAAGACGAUUGAAUCGAACUAGACCAACAAAUAUAAGUGUAAUGCCAUUGCGUUUAGGAAACACUGUAACAGUUAGAAGAUCAAUCCUAGCUACUGGUAUGCUCAAUGGUUUAUAA